GCCACCAGAGCCGGUGUGUUUGAGCGAAGAAACAUAAAACUGAAAGUAGUGGAUCUCUCAGCCUGGACGAAAGUACGCCAACUUAAAUUCCCAAGGAUAUUUCCAGUGACGUAAGAAAAUGUCUCGCAGAUAUGACUCCCGGACAACCAUAUUUUCUCCAGAAGGACGCCUGUAUCAAGUGGAGUAUGCGAUGGAAGCCAUCGGUCACGCUGGAACAUGUCUGGGGAUUCUAGCUAAUGAUGGAGUGCUGUUGGCAGCAGAGAGACGCAACAUCCACAAACUGCUUGAUGAGGUUUUCUUCUCUGAGAAGAUCUACAAGCUCAAUGAAGACAUGGCCUGCAGUGUUGCUGGGAUCACAUCAGAUGCUAAUGUACUGACAAAUGAGCUGCGGCUAAUUGCACAGAGGUACUUACUGCAGUACCAGGAGCCGAUUCCCUGCGAGCAGCUGGUCACAGCCCUGUGUGACAUUAAGCAAGCCUACACACAGUUUGGAGGAAAGAGGCCGUUUGGUGUUUCUCUGCUGUACAUGGGCUGGGACAAACACUACGGCUUCCAGUUGUACCAGAGUGACCCCAGCGGCAACUAUGGAGGCUGGAAGGCAACUUGUAUCGGCAACAACAGCGCUGCGGCAGUGUCCAUGCUGAAGCAGGACUACAAAGAGGGAGAGAUGACGCUGUCCUCGGCUCUGGCUUUGGCCGUCAAAGUCCUCAACAAAACAAUGGAUGUCAGCAAGCUCUCAGCAGAGAAAGUUGAAAUCGCCACUCUGACGAGGGAAGACGGGAAAACAAAAAUCAAGGUUCUGAAACUGAAAGAAGUGGAGGAGCUGAUCAAGCGCCACGAGGCUGAAGAGGCCAAGGCUGAGAAGGACAAAAAGGAGAAGGAGCAGAAGGAGAAGGACAAAUAAAUCAUCAAAUCGUUAUUUUUUCCUUUUGUGUCACCAAAUCCUGUAUUGUUUUGUCUUUUACAUUAAACGUUUGGAAACUGA